AUGACCUUCCUCUUUUGUAAGUGGUUGAUUGCUGCUAAUAUCGUCACUCGACGUGGGAGAAUAUUAGACUCAGAGGAAGAGGCAGCUCCGCGGCCAGCGACAAAGGCGACUCGUAAGGAGACUAUGGUGUCGACUCGAGGAAAAGAAGCUGCUGAAUCCUCGAGAAAAGGAAAGGAACCAGCCCGCCCAACGGAUAGUGAAGAAGAGUUUGAUAGUGAAGCGACCGAAACUUCUGAAGGGGCGGACGAGACUGAUUCAAGUUCUGAGGAAGCAGCAGGUUCUGAAGCACGUCCACUGAAGAGACAGAAGAAAGCUGUCUCUAAGCCACGCGUUCAUCUUCCUGCUCUAGAAGAGACAUCUGAUCGUAGUGCUUCUUCUGAUGAACAAGGGAGUCGAGAAGAAGGAGAGUUGCCAGCUGAUGUUGUUUCUCCCGGAGGUAUGGAGACUGAGGAGACCAGCUUUGUCCAACAAAUACAGGAUGCUCUGAAAGAAGGACCAGCUGAUGUUUCACCAACUCCUGACAUUGAUCCAUCGGCUGUGGAUAUAGAUGCCAUAAUGAAAGAAUCUGUUGGAGGAGAGACCACGCAUGCAACAGAGGCCGAGGAAUUCAAUGAGCAUCACCUCGAUUUUGAUCUCUCUGAAGGCGACCAUCAGUAUAUCUCCUAUUUAUUAUCGGGGAAAACUCCUGAUGCGGCCACAGAAUCCAACGUUAGAGUCGAUUCAACAGAAGCAGGUCCUUCUGAGAACCCCAUGAUGAUAGAAGUCACCGUCACUCUCCAAAUUAGUCCAGUCGCAACAAAAGCGAGACCAACUGAAGGAGUUGGUACGUCAGCCGAUGUUGUGUCCAGAGCUGAAUAUUCUCCCAAGGAGCCUCUCAACUUAGACCCAAAGUUCUCUGAGGUUGAGAUUGAAAAAUCUUCUGACGUAGCUAGUGCGUCGAAAGCUGCUAUUCCUGAACCGACUUUGGCUGCUCAGGAGGCCGGACUACCAUCCUUGGGUGGACCAAGUCAUACUGAAGGCUCUUCUGUCGAACUUGGGUUCAGAGAGGAAGGGUAUAAUGAGUUAGCCGAUUCAAUCAACGCUUAUUUGGUUGACUUGAGGCGAUAUGUUGAACUUCUGCAAGCUCUUCGCACCAAGGGCAUACCCUCUUAUAUCGCUUCCCACAUGGAAUCCAAGUUGCAGGCAUGGCGUGAUUCCUAA